GCGCGCACAGGGGGACGGAGACUAUUAACACGCGGCUCUGAGAACGUGGUUCUUGAGUUUGUGCUGCUGUUUCGAGAGUUUGAGCUGCUGUUGCGGCAGUUUGCGAGAUGCCCAAGGCUAAGGGAAAGACUCGGAGGCAGAAGUUCGGUUACAAUGUCAACCGAAAGCGUCUGAACCGGAAUGCUCGUCGGAAGGCAGCGCCACGGAUCGAGUGCUCCCACAUCCGACAUGCCUGGGAUCACACCAAAUCCGUGCGGCAGAACCUGGCGGAGAUGGGGUUGGCCAUGGACCCCAACAAGGCGGUUCCCCUCCGUAAGAGAAAGGUAAAGGCCAUGGAGGUAGACACGGAGGAGAGACCCAGGGAUCUUGUACGGAAGCCCUAUGUGGUAAAUGACCUGGAGGCAGAAGCCAGCCUCCCAGAGAAGAAAGGAAAUACCUUGUCUCGGGACCUCAUUGACUAUGUUCAGUACAUGGUGGAGAAUCAUGGGGAGGACUAUAAGGCCAUGGCCCGGGACGAGAAGAAUUACUACCAAGACACCCCAAAACAGAUCCGGAAUAAGAUCAAUGUCUAUAAGCGCUUUUACCCAGCGGAGUGGCAAGCUUUCAUCGAUUCUCUGCGGAAUAAGAAGAUGGAGGUGGACUGAGUGGGGCACACCCCCAGACCAAGGUCUGCUGGACCAACAACACCAAAGCCAGGCUAUAAGGCAAGGGGUGUGGAGCGUCAGUGAUGCUGACUAAGUCCUGUGGAAUCGGGUCUUACAUGCACACUGUCUCCCCCUGCCUCCUUCCCCUUCCUUCUGGAGAAGGAACCCUUGGUUUUGUUUUGUUUUGUUUUUUUGUUUUGUUUUUUGAGAGAAAGCAUCUAAUAGCCUUAGCUGUCCUAGAACUCUCUCUGUAGAGCAGGUUGGCCUUGAACUCACAGAGAUCCAUCUGCCUCUGCCUCUCAAGUGCUGGGAUUAAAGGCAUGCGCCACCACCGCCCUGGAGGAAAAGGAACUCUUUCAAGGCCAUGGUUUGUGUUCUGUUGGGAGCUUACAGAAAGCCGGGGCCUACUGUUUCUGUUCAGAGGGGUUGCUCUAUUUCAGUGUGUUCUAUAAAUGAUAAAGGAGUAUUUUACCCA